AUGCCAGCGCGAGGCAAGCCACAGCGAGGCCGCGGUCGAGGGCGUGGAGGCCGAGGAGGAAAUUUUGGAGGUCGCCCGACACGGGAACAAAGCAGUCAUGGUGGUGCAGAAGAAUUCAGGUCGUUUGUCGAGGCCCAGAGAAGCGGGAACCAAUUCGGGGCCCUGCAUAACAGCACUCGAGCGCGUGGUGGCAGUUCGUUCAAUCCAAUCGCGCUGGACGACUCGGAAGACUCGGACGACUCGGAGCUCGAAGAAGGUGAGCUUACCGACGAUGGCUCUGACAUGGACGAUUCGAUGAGCGACCUCGACACCGACGACAGCGCAGACGACAUGAUGAUCAACCUGGGAGAGGUCCGACCACAAAGCGGGAGACCGAGGAGGGCCGAGGUCAUGUUCACUGCGCUGGAAGCAAUAUCUAUCUACGAUACCUUGCACCAGGCCGGCUUCCCUUUGGCCGCAAGAAAGAUGGGUAGAUUUGAUGCGAGCGGACAGAUCAUAGAGGUCGAUAUCGAAGCCUUUCACAGCCACGGUAACAGCUACAGCUUCACGCAGAACACGCACAUCACAUUUACGGAGGGGCCACAUGCGUAUGGUCCUAGCAAUGCUGGCAACUACUCAACAAGAUCGUCCACGUAUGUUUCGGACUUCCCGAGAGGACAACGAGCAGCCAUAAACAAACCAGCAAUUCCUGCUCCACGACUCCCAGACCAUGACUUUGUGAAAGACUACGUCUUUGACUGGGGCAAGUACAAGAAUAGCCAUAUUUCAGAUGUACCAGAGGACUAUCUGCGCACCAUUGGCGGACAGUCGUUUGUCUUUGAUGGCAGGCACCCAGGCUUGCAGGAGGCAUUCGAUCAUCACCGUCCAGGACUGCGGCAGACAGCGACGAAUCAACAACCACCAGCACAGGCACCAGUCCAAGCUCCAAGACGAACACGUGGUGGUGGUUCAGCGUGUGAGAAGUACAAGUUUCCUAAGGGUGCCUUCAAGGGUAAACGCCUCGGCGAUGUCGAUGAGAACUACCUAAAGACCCUCGAGGGCAUGCCGACUGUCAUCAACUCAUGGCCUGGCUUGAAAGAGGCUCUGGCAGACUUUAACGAGAAGACUGGCCGGCAGGGGAAGGUGCAUCCUUAG